AAGACAAUGAUUGUGAAAUCGUAAGGCACUAGGUAACUCGUCCCCAAAGCAUAAAGCUGCCAACCUGCUGUCCUCUCCUCUCCUGUCCUCAUCCUCCAAAGUAGAUUCCCGAAUCGAUACUCGCGCGUACACCUAACUACACGCCCUCGCCGCGCUAGGUUUUCCUCCUCUACUCCGUAACUUUGAGAUCCGCCUACUUACACCGGUGAUAUCCUCGUUGUAUUGCAGGGAAAUCGGAGAGAAUUUUGAUUUCUGUGUGAACCAGCCCUCGGCGAAUCGGCGGAGGGGCUAGCGUUUCGCUCCAGAAUAUGGAAGCUAACAACGGCGGCGCUUCCGCGGCGGGCUUACCAGAGUGCUUUUCUUCUGUGAUUCCAGGAUGGUUCUCGGAGAUUAGUCCAAUGUGGCCUGGAGAAGCACAUUCUUUGAAAGUGGAAAAAAUUUUGUUCCAAAGCAAGUCUGACUAUCAAAACGUCAUAGUUUUUGAGUCAUCUACUUACGGAAAAGUUCUUGUCUUGGAUGGUGUAAUUCAACUCACAGAGAGGGAUGAAUGUGCUUACCAAGAAAUGAUCACUCAUCUCCCACUCUGCUCAAUUCCAAACCCAAAAAAGGUUCUAGUAAUUGGGGGAGGAGAUGGGGGUGUCCUGCGUGAGGUGGCCCGCCAUUCUUCAAUUGAAAAAAUAGAUAUCUGUGAGAUUGAUAAAAUGGUUGUUGAUGUUUCCAAACAAUUUUUCCCCAGUGUAGCAGUGGGGUUUGAUGAUCCCCGUGUGACCCUGCAUAUUGGAGAUGGAGUUGCAUUUCUCAAGGCUGUGCCUGAAGGAACUUAUGAUGCAAUCAUAGUGGAUUCUUCAGACCCGAUUGGUCCAGCACAGGAGUUGUUUGAAAAGCCUUUCUUUCAGUCUGUUGCCAAUGCUCUUCGUCCAGGAGGAGUGGUUUGUACUCAGGCAGAGAGCAUAUGGCUUCACAUGCACAUUAUUGAGGAUAUUGUUGCCAACUGCCGCCAGAUUUUCAAAGGCUCUGUAAAUUAUGCUUGGACCACUGUCCCUACAUAUCCCAGUGGUGUUAUAGGAUUUAUGCUGUGUUCAACUGAGGGUCCUUUGGUUGAUUUCAAGCACCCUGUAAACCCAAUAGACGCUGAUGAAAGUCAGGUCAAAGCAAAGGGACCCCUAAAGUUUUACAACUCUGAGAUCCAUUCUGCAGCUUUCUGCUUACCUUCGUUCGCCAAAAAGGUGAUCGAUUCAAAAGCUAAAUGAUAGGAGAUGGGUGUAGUACGAAGUUUAGUAUUUUUAGGCUAUUUAACCCUUGCGAGAUCACAAAGAUAGCCUUGGAAGACUAUACACAUACAGUCAAUCAUUGACGAUUGAACUCAGUUGUUCCGUUUCAAGGUUUUUGGUUGAUUUAUUUAAGUAAGAUGCGGAUGGAUACAUUUGAUGUCGAAUGUUGAUCAUUAUGUUUUGGUUGAAUUUAUUUUAUUCUAGGGGAAAAAGAUUUGAUAUUGCAAAA